UCACGGGUCUGGGCGGCGGGAGCGGGGGCUUGGUCAUCGUGGGGGGGCGUUAAUUAGCUGCUGUGAGGCGGUAAUUAGUCAUCAGAGAGGGUGGCGGCCGUUCCAAAGGGAUUGUGUGAGAGCUCUUGGAGGGGUGCGGCUGCGGGUGGCGGUUCUCAUCCUCGGGAAGUGGGGCGCAGCUCUUGUCCGUGGGCCGAGGAAUAGAACUGGGUCUCGGAGCUCCAGCACCAUGCAGAGAGUGUCACGGCUGACAAGGGAGCUCUCGCUCCUGGCCACAGAGCCACCUCCGGGCAUCACCUGCUGGCAGAACGGGCAGCUCGAUGACCUGCGGGCACAAAUUUUAGGAGGUGUGGACACACCAUAUGAGAAAGGAAUAUUCAACCUGGAAAUCAUAGUUCCUGAAAGGUACCCAUUUGAGCCGCCAAAGAUUCGCUUUCUGACCCCCAUCUACCAUCCCAACAUUGACUCUGCUGGAAGAAUUUGCCUGGAUGUUCUUAAGUUACCCCCAAAGGGUGCAUGGAGGCCUUCCCUGAACAUCUCCACCCUGCUGACCUCCAUCCAGCUGCUGAUGGCAGAGCCCAACCCUGACGACCCUCUCAUGGCCGAUAUCUCCUCGGAGUACAAGUACAACAAGCAGCUGUUCCUGCUCAAUGCCAGGGAGUGGACGGAGAAAUACGCAGGGCAGCCGAGGACUUCCAAGCCUUUGGAAGAGAAAAUCGUCCAAAGUGAAACAAGCACCAGCAGUGAAUCAACCAUGCAGAAAAGAAAACGGGUUAACAUCAGUAGGAAGGAGAAGAAAUCCCGCCCAGAUUCCUGAGGGCCUUUUGUUCUCUUUGGGCUGUCACUGUCCCCUUCCCCUCACACAGGUUACAAGGAAAGAGUCUGUCUUUAAAUGGCUGCAUUAGCUUUGGGUUUCUGUUUCCUCGGGGUGUUAUUUUUUUGCAAAAAGUUCCAUUAUAUUAAUAAAAUCUAAAGCUUUAAUUUUUAUCUA